AUUGCUAGGGAGCAUGGUAUUAGGUUCUUCGAAACUAGUGCGAAAGCGAAUAUAAACAUCGAGAAGGCAUUCCUCACGUUAGCAGAAGACAUUCUUCGAAAGACCCCUGUAAAAGAGCCCAACAGUGAAAAUGUAGAUAUCAGCAGUGGCGGUGGGGUGACAGGCUGGAAGAGCAAGUGUUGCUGA